AGUAUAGCAUUAUCGAUUAGGAAUUCAUAUGUUCUCAAGCAAAAAUAUAAUCAAAUGUGUGAAUAAGAAACUGAAUAAUCUGCUGAAAUUUUGGAAUAUAAAAGAAAUCCUUAGGUGUACAGCUAUUCUAAACAUGAAAAAAAAGGUUACAACAUUACUGUUCAUUCUGUCAAUCAUCAUAACAGUAGCAUGCGGGGAACUAGAAUUUCCUUGUAAAUACAGUAGGAAUAGAAAACAUCAACUGGUUGCUCAUUGUGAAAAUCGAGGAUUUACAUCUGUGCCAAGGAAUCUAAGUCGAGAUGUACAUGAGUUAAUUCUUUCAAAUAACUUGAUACACAUACUCAAAAACAAUUCAUUCAUCAAUUAUUCCAAUAUGGAAAGCCUGAGUUUAAGCAAAAACAAAAUAUCUAACAUUCAAAAGGAUGCUUUUGCUGGACUCAAUUUGCUGAAAGUUUUGAAGAUAAAUGAUAAUUUGAUAAACAUCACAAUCCUCCCACAGGGUGUUUUUAGACAUCUUAGUAAUUUAAUUGCACUGGAUAUAAGUAGAAAUAAAAAGCAAUUGCAAGAAAGCAGUCCGUUUAUUUAUCCCGAUGCCACAUUUUCUACAGUGGAACGCUUGCAGAAUCUCUCAAUUGAUCUAUUCAUGUUUCCUAUAUUUGGAAGAGGAUUUAUAAAACUUCAAAACCUCACCGCAUUGAAUUUUGAUAAAUGUUAUUUGCGAAAUAGUAGUGGAUUUAGGCUAUGGAAUUCAACCUUUGAACAUUUCUCGUCAAACCUGAAAGAACUCUAUAUCAGCGGCUGUCGUCAUUUUUUCCAAAUGGAAUACGGAUUAUUGGAACAUUUUCCUAACUUAAACAUUUUAGACUUAUCAAAUUCGUACGUUCACUUGUAUCAAGCGUUGCGUAUUCUACAUCCAUAUCAGGAUAAAAACAUGUCCGUUAUAAACUUUCACCACAUAACUGAUAGUUCAAUCAAUGGAAAUGAUUUUCCGUACUCAGUUGUUAUAACAGCAGAUAUAAUGAAAUAUCUAAGAACUAUUUGUAUUGAAUCAUUGGACUUGUCGAAAACAGGAAUCGUAGAUUACCAGCAAAAUUCUUUAUUUUCGUUCGAACACCCAGCAUGCUUCAAAAUCUUUAUUAUAUCUGCUAAUAGACUGCCAGCAACGAUUGCAGAUCACUACUUUGAAGUAGUUACAUUCAUGAAACUUGCUGCUAAUAUGAAGGUCUACGAUUUUUCAUACCUAACUACAGAUUAUGCCCAUCCCGUUUAUUUAAACGUAUACCAUCCUGAAACUUUGAAUCAUUUUAAAAAUAGAAUUCAAAACGUUUAUCUUUCACCCGAAGUCAGUAUUUUCCUUCCACCGUCUUUAGAAUUUCUUCGAUUUACUCAUAUUUUAUCAGUCUUUAGUUCAGCGUUUAUCAUAUGUGCAAACACAUCGCUAAGAUAUCUUGAUGUGUCAUUUGGCGUUUACCAGCAUUUUCCGAUGGCGACAAACGACUGUGGAAAGCAGCUGGAAUACUUAGACAUUUCUGGAAGUCCCAAGGCAAUCAUUACAUUUCCAAAAAUACUCCUUCCAAAACUCGCUAUCUUAAAAAUGACACAUGCACGCAUAGACCAAUUAAUCUUAAAAGGUAAACAAUGGAUGGUAUUCAGAGCACCAUAUUUGAAAAAUAUAGACAUAUCUUUCAAUAAUCUUUGGACAUUGGAGGAAACAGCUUUUUUAAAUCAGCCAAAUAUUACGCAUUUAAACAUGUCAAACAAUCUUUUUAGGGCCAUUCCUACUUUUGUUACCAACCUUCAAAAGUUGGAAUAUUUAGAUCUUUCUUAUAAUUUGAUUGUUUCUAUUAAUGAUACCAUGAGGCGUUGGCUUGAUAAUGUGUCUUCAAAUCGAAAGUUUGUCCUGGACUUGAAUAACAACGAUUUGGUGUGUUCGUGUGAUACUCUAGACUUUCUUUUGUGGAUGGAGAAAAAGAAAAAAAUAUUUUAUAAUAGGGACAAUUAUACAUGUACAACGUCAAAAGAAAACAAGCAAGUCCCAUUAAAGGAAGUAAUACAAAAUAAAAAGAAGUACUUCUCAUAUUGCGAAAACAAUAUGUGGCUAAUUUAUUUAGGUAUAUCAGUUGCUAGUGCCUUUGGUAUAUUCAUGGCUAUUUUUCUUCUUUAUAGCUAUAGAUGGAAAAUAAUUCUUUACAUGUAUAGAAAAGUCAGGCGUGUUGUUGAGAAAAAUUUACAUGAAAACUAUAUGUACGACGCAUAUGUUUCUUAUGAAGACAGAAGCGUAGCGUGGAUACAGAAGUUCCUUCUUCCGAAAAUUGAAGACGAAUGGGGGCUUAAAGUAUGCUUACAUGAUCGAGAUCUUCUCCCUGGAGAUUUUACUGCAGAUGCAAAAGCAGAAUCAAUUCAACAAAGCAGACAUUUUGUUUUCAUCAUUACUGAACAUUUUACCGAAGGAAAGUGGGGAAGAUUUGAAAUAGAAAGAGCAGUGUACGAAAAAUAUACUACAAACCUGAGAAAAAUAAUUGUUAUUCUCCAAAAUAUUCAAGUUAAGGACAUUCCAGAAGAAAUUGUGAAUAUUUCAAAUGAUGUUUGCUUUAUUGAAUUCCCUUUGGACGAAAACGAAAUUGAUGACAAAAGAGAUAGUCAAAGCACAUGGCUAAAGUUAAAGGCUCUGUUUUAUCUAAAUUAGAAAACGUUUCAUGAAUGCAACAUUCUGAGUUUUGGGGUUUCUCUUUCAAAUUAUAAAAUUGAAGUUGAA